AUGUACGCAAGUGAAGGCGCUGACGGGAGGUCCUGGAAAUGUAAAGAGUUUGGCAUAGCACAUCGAUGUGUCCGGAUCAAGAAGUCCAAGGAGCCGGGUUACGUUCAUGGCAAGAGAAUCUCAAUCGCGUGUGUGGUGUGCAGGAGUGUCAAGACCAAGUGCGAUGACCAGCGGCCAUGCUCGCGCUGCGUGAGGCUUGGGAGGCAGGCUCUAUGCGUCGAUGACGAGCAGGAGGCGGUUGCGGUCAGGGCACGACGACCUGUGGGGGAAGAAGGGGAAGAAGGGACUUGGAGGGAGGAGGGGACUUUGAGAGAGGAGGGAGAUGCAUUGGUUUCUAAGGGAGAAUUUGAGAAUGCUGUGCAACACGACAGCAGCGCGCUGAUGGCUGUCUCGAGGCAUACGAUCGCUGGGAGAGGCUACGACACGCUGCGGGACGACAUCGAGCCCGACCUGUAUGCGAGCGAGACGAUAGAGGGGAUGCAGAAGACCAUGGAGGGGGAGCAGAGGCUCCGGCUGGUGGCGAGAGAUCUCGAGCAGAAAUUCCUUCCGGUUGUGUCCAUGGCUGAGCAGAUCCUGAGGAUGCAGAACAGCGCAAACUUAUUAUUGGCGGGAUCGGAUGUGAAUCCACUGCCAGAGGAAGGGGAAGGGCAGCACUGGGCCCUGACUGAGGUGACACUCAGUGACCUUGCAAGUCCGCCUCAGGACAUGCGGGAAAUCUUGACAUUUCAACUUGGAAAUUACAGCAACUAUGUCGGUUCUCACUUCUGGAACAUCCAGGUUGACUGCGGUGCGUUCUUCCGGCAGGUGGGAGAGCACGUGAGCGUUCCUCGGGUGAUGCUGCUGGACAUCAGGAGCAACAGAGGCUCGCUUCGUCGAUGGGGGUGCUUGGAGGACGAUGCGGAUGGUCUUGCUGGCGAAAGUUGUAUGACUUCAGCAUGGCAAGGAGCUGUUACAAAGUGCGUGACGGAACCGAUACAGCAUCAUCCCUUUGUUGCAAGGAUGCUGGAAGACAACUAUGAUGGAAGAGGGGGAGAGGAGGAGGAGGAGGAAGAGGAGGAGGAGGAGGAUGUCAAUGAGGUGAAUUACCAUCAUCGUACUUGUCAUGAUUUGACGGAGGGGUUGGGAAGGGAUUAUGACAAUGCUUUCGCAUCUGGUUUGAUGUGGGAAACGGAUGACAGCAAUUUGAAAGAAGAAUGGGAAGAAAACUUGCACUGGUGGGUUGAAGAAUGCGACACAUUGCAGGGUUUUCAAAUGAUGUGCGAUACAGACAACGCAUUUGGAGCCAUCGGAUCAAAAGUCUGCGAGAUGCUUAACGACGAGUUCUCGAAAGUUCCAAUCUUCUUCAUCGCUAAGUCCGAAGACCAUCUUUCCUCUAACCCUCUCUCCCUCAACUCUGCCAACCGCUACCGCCGAGCUCGCUCUGCUGCCGUCACGUUUGCCGUAACCUCGCAGUACUCCCAGCUUUAUGUCCCCGUCCUCGGCUCCUCCUCUUGGACCAACUUCAACAGCCACCUCGCCUCGUACCAUCAUCCCUCUCCCUUCCGAUCCUCAGCAGUCUCGAGCAAUGGAAGCUUUCCAGCUGCCGCCAUGUCCAGCUGGCUUCCUGUAGAAUUGAAGGAAGACUUCGUGCUGUCGUCCUGGUCUUCCUCUCCUCAUCCUCGUCCACAACCACCUCCGGCAGCUGCUUCCACCCUCGUCCUCGUCCUCGCCCUCGCCCUCGCCCUCGCCCUCGCCCUCGCCCUCGCCCUCAUCCUUCUCCUCCAACAGUUGCUCCCCCUUCUCGUUCAUUUGCCAGUAGUAACGAGAGGCAGGCUGAAGGCGAGAGGAGGAGGUCUCCAGCUACAUCCCUCCUCCUCCAGACGAGCAGCAGGAACGACGUGCGGGCUGGGGCAUGGCAGCAGCUUCACGCAACGGCAAGAUGCAUCCGCCAAGAAGGAGGAGGAGGAGGAGGAGGAGAGCAAGACAUUUUCAAUGCAUUGCGUCCUGCGAGGCGCCAGCAAUGAAACGACCCAGCAGAAAGACAGAGAGACUCUCAUGCAGAAUGUCUUCCAGGAGAAGAGGAUCAGCGCGAUUGACUGCUACAGCAUGAGAGCUCCUCUCACCCUGCCCGUCACAUUCCCUACCAAACUUUUCUCAGCUCAGGUGGACAGGAAAGGAAUCAUCCGUGACGUCUCCUCCCCCGUCGAGCCCAGCACAGUCUCGCAGAUGGCGUCGUUGGAGGCGACUUCCUCGCUCUCGUCAUGGCUGCGAGAGACUUGCAGGCUCGUCAAGGAUAAGCAGGACGACGCUGAUGUCACUCUCUACCGUCAGCUGGGGUAUGACGACGACUGGAGGCUGGAGAUGGCGGAAAGGAUGGAGAGUUUGCAUGACGGUUAUUGUUAUGAAUGA